AUGGCAUAUAUUGUAUGUAAAUGCGAUCACUGGCUAAUGGUAGCAUUUACCACAUUGGGAACAUCUGUUUAUUUAGUAGUCAAGAUUUUCUUUUACGACUUUACUGCAGUUACUACUUCUACUACCCAUCCUAUGGACUAUCUCAUUUUUGUUAUAUCUUUUCUUAAUUGCUGGAUAGAAACAUGGAUAUUCGAUUUUAAGGUUCUUCCUAAGGAGAAAAGACACAGACAAUUGCAUUUACGAAACGCUGUAAGACAAAUUGUUCCGAAUACAAAUACCCCAAGCAAUUCAAACAAUGAAACACAACCAUUAUUGUGGAGUGACAAUAGGGUAACAAUAUAUUCGGAACCUUUCUACUCGCCCAAAGGCUCACCAACAAAUAGUGAAAGAGGGUUAGCUGCUGAAGAUCAUAUAACGCAUAGCUUGGAUGAAAAAGUUAUUACUGGCGCUGAUCAUGUAAUUAAUUCGGAUUGCAGACACAGUUUCGUUAGUAUUGAUCAGCAAGAAAGCGAUAAGGAAGAGGAUACCAUACCGCGAGGAAGUCCAUUUUCAGAACAUAUGGAACUGGUUAAGGAUCUAUCGAUUACAGUAAACGAUUUACUUAGUAUUGAUACUGAUUGGAAAAUUGAAAAGACCACUGAUAAUUUGGUUGUUGAUAGCCGUAAUGUACAAGGUAUUGGGAAAGUUUUUAGAGCACGGAUCGCUCUGGAUUGUAAGCCAGCAGAUCUAUUCCAAGUCAUUUGCCUUGAUUGCGAACAUCAAUCGGAUUGGGAUUCCACUGUCGUACAAAAUAAGAUUUUGAAAAAACUAGACGAUCAGACGGAUAUUUUAUACGCCAUAGUUGCAGAGUCUGGGAAUGGUCUAGUUUCGAAGAGAGAUUUUUUAUCGAUUCGACACUGGGAGAUAGAAAAUGGCUAUUAUCGCACUUAUAGUACAUCUAUAAAGGAUGAUGAUUUGAUGCCAACCCAUCGCUCCUAUGUUAGAGGUGAAAAUAAACUUUCCGCUUGGAUUAUAAGACCUUUACAAAAUAAUGCCAAUGCAUCCCAUUAUACAUGGCUACUCCACACUGACCCAAAGGGAUGGUUACCCAAGAAUGUAGUCGAUUUUGCCAUUGCCAGCGUAAUGAUAGAUUUUAUUAAAAAUUUGCGACGAAGAAUAGCAACAGUGAAGUAG